GUUGGUUGCUAUGGGGACGUUUAUCGUGACACAGGUGGUUUUAAAGUGGCUAAUAUAUAAACUAGCAUUUCCUAGCUAGCUUUGCAAACCUAUGUUUAACUGAAACAUAAUGGCUUUGCGUUUUUUAAGUGUAAAGGCUGUAAAUUUGCUCUUUAUUUUUAGCCUUGUUCAAGUAUGUCAAUGUUGUACGACAAAUGAUACUUUGAACUGCACAAGUUCGAAUUCUAAGCUGAAAUGUCACGAAGCCGCCAGCUGUCUUAAAAUGCAUUGGACCAAAAUGACUCCUUAUGCUUAUUAUUACGAGGAAGAUCCCACAAUGCAGGAGUACGGAAUUUUGAUAGGUAACUUUUCAAAUUGUAUUUUUAAGCUUGUCUUUCCACAUAUCAACCAUACCUAAUCGUUGCGUGUGCCCCUUUGGUUCCCGCGCGAACAAUGUAGGAUGGGAGUAUAAUGACUUCGACACACGAGAAAACGCUAUAUGUUGCAUUGCGAUACUGGUUGAAGUGAAAAACUGACUUUAGAGUAUAUAUGAAUAGAGCAUUUAUGAUCCUGUGGCCGGUUGUUCAAAGCUAGGUUAGCUUAACCCUAUAGGUUAACCUAAAAUUCAAAGCAAAUUUCCUGACAGCUUGUCUAUAAAUUUGGAAAUAUUCCUUCAGAGAUCUUGUAUGGAUCGAUAGGAGUUUACUUCUCUGAAGUUUCGAAAUAAACUACAGACGCGCAAAAAUACUCGAACUAAAACAACAGGUUAAAUUUUAACCCAGGGUUAGCGCUAACCCACCUUUGAACAACCAGCCCCGAGAGACAUAUAUUAAUUUAAACAUUUUUCGACGUCUGUCGAGAGACGGAUGUCUCGUCUCGCGUAAGGAAAAGAUACUUCGGAUAACUUAUAAUUAGUUAGUUAUCAUCUUUACCUGUACCUGGGACUCGAAGGCUUUCAAAGGGCGUCUCUGCCCACCUUAAGCCUAUUCGGAUAACGGAUUUGCAUCGGAGCGAGUCGAACGAUAUUAACUAAGACGCUUUUCGGCCUUUUACAACUUUUCAUAUUUGAGGUUUUUGACUAAUUCUGUUAUAUUAUCAUAAUUUUGAGUGCUAAACUUCCCUUGAAACUGUAAAAUUUGAUGUCGCUCCGAUGCGAAUCCGAUAUCGGGCAACUGGGUCCUGAGCCGUCACGCGAGUUUUCUCAUCAGCCGAAAUACAACAUUUCAGAACUCAAAAUACGCGGAGUGAUUAUAACUAUAGAGAAUACAUUAAUAGAUUUAUAUGUUGUUAACAGGUAUAGACUAUUAUAAACUGGCCGUUGGACGAGAAAGAUCGUGACUCUAUUCUUACAAUCAUCACGACCAUAUAUAGAAACUAGGCUCUAUGACUAAUUUUAGGUAGUUAGUUAAUACUUUAUUUAAAGAGGGAAAAAAACAAUAUUUACGUAGUUAAUAGUUACCACUAAGUUAUUCUUCCCUAUGUCCCUUAUAAAGAUACUACAUAUAACUAUACGUGACUGUACAUGUUUUAUGACCUAUACCGAAGCAUUGACAAAACACGGCAUGUUUGCAUAUAGCGCAGGAAUAUUUAUCAACUAUUUUCAAAUAGUGUUUAGAUGACUAGGUAAGGAAUUAAAAAGACUUGCACCACAAACUAAAUGGAGCUUCGUCUCGGUUUGAGCAGACCUUGUGUUAAAUACCAAUGAACACUUCGCGACAAAAAGCAAACAUACAUCCAGAUCAACUGGUAAUGACUGGAUAUGACUGUACAUGUUUUAUAUGACCUGUUAGCGAAGCGUAGAUAAAGCACGACAUGUUUGCAUAUAUAGCGCAGAAAAAUUCAUCUACAUGUUGUACUUUUUGCUUCAAUUGGAGAAAGAACUCUUUGGGUUUUAUUGUAAAAGAUAAAAGCGUAUAAUUUUUAAUAUAGUUUUUAGAUCACUAUAGGUAAGGAAUUGAAAAGACUUGCAUCACUAUAGGAUAUUUUAGCUUACAAAAAGCAAACAUAUGACGCAGGUCAACUGGUAAUGGUGUUUUCAAACGUGUCUGAUCACGGAGCUUUUACGACAGGUUGUCUUAUAGAAUGUCUAACUUGCCACCUGAACGUGGGCAUAUGUUGUCUUGGAUGCUUGCCUUAGUAUAGAAAACAACAAGUUUUCUAUAUAUUAUUAUUGUCAUAAUUCAUUUAGCUAUAUAGCGCCAUUUCCCAUAGCUCAAUAUCGCUUAACAUUAAGCGAUAAAAAUGUAUACAAAAUGUUAGAAUAUAUUACAUGCAUUAACUACUAAAAUUAAAGUUACUACCUGUAUAUAUAUGCUUUUUUCAUUAUAAGAAUAUAAAAUUACUUAUUGUCAUGUAUGUUGACAAUAUUAAAACUUGUUAAAGUAAUAACUUAGUAUCCUUUUCCGGCUGAUAAUUUCAGCAAAAAUAAAACAAAAAUUAUUCCGAGUAAGGAGUAUAUAUCAUAUCUUGUAUAUAGUAUUAUACAUCAUAUAAUAUAUAAUUAUAGGAGUAUAUAUCAUAUCAUAUAUAUAGUAUUUUACAUAUCUUGCAAAACACUGCUGAAGAUGAAUCUGAUUUAGAUUCGAAAUAUACAGGUUUUAAUAAAUUGUGUGUUAAUAUUAUGCACUCCUUACUCGGAAUAACUUUUGUUUUAGUUUUGUUUUAAUAACUUAGUCAUACUACUGUUUAAAAAGAUAUGUCUUUAAUCUUGUUUUAAAAAUGGGCAACGUCCCACUCUUUCUAAUAUACUCUGGCAGUUCGUUCCACAGUUUUGGUGCAGCUAUGCAUGUCAGAUAUGAGAACGAUCGUUCACCAUAGUUCAUUAGUUUUACUGAGGGUGUGGUCAGGAAUCCUUUGGAUGUGGAGCGUAAAUUUACUGAUAGUGUGAAGGGUUUUAUUAAUGUAUUGUGAAGCUAUGGCAAACGUCGAAUCUAUAAUGCAAAUGAAGUGCAUGAAACAAAGAACUUAGCUUAUUAACAUUAGGUUCGGCACAUGAAAAGUUCGACGUUUGACCCUGCAUGCCUAAACCAUUCAGAGAUUUAUAUACGGUUCAAGCAAUAUAUAUAGGACUCAGACAUUCAAAUUAUAACAAACAAGGUGAAUUUCUAAUCUGAAAUUUUGUCAUUUCGCAUCUGUUUAAAUUGAGCCAUUGCUCUGUUCUUUAAUUAACCACUGCUAAACAUUUUGUUUACAGGAAUCGCAAAGGUUCUGCUGCAACGUUGCUGUGGAGAAUGUUGGUUAAUCCAAGAAACUAAACCGGUGAAUUUCACGGAUUUUUACGAAACCGAGCCAGAGGAUGCAGGUCUAAGCCUACCUUACAUAAUGAGUGCUGCUGACUAUCACGUUAACAAAACAUACGUGCCUGUUAUAAAAGAUCCUUCCAGUGCUUAUGUGAAAAAGAAAGAAGGUUGAGUAUGGCUAUGCUGGUCUUUAUAAAUAUACGAAAACAGAAAAUAUUUAAACGUGAUAAUUAACGCACGAACUUGACAAAGUUUGAGUACCUUUUUUUAUGCGCCCUGACCCUGUAGUUCGCUAUACUUAACGAAUUACAAUUUUCAAGUGGCGAGUAGCUUUUGACUAUACUUUUUAAAACAGUAGUUGUAGCUGUGUGAACUAGAUUUUUUCAUCAGCGAAGACAAAGUUGUUGAUUACUUUUCAAGGAACAACCGCUAUUGGCUACUUUUCAAAUUUCUCUUCGAUAGACACAUUUUGCUAAUGUUGUUUACAUUGUUGCUACCAACAAAGGUAACUAAGCAUUAGAUCUAGAAUUAUGUAUAAGGCCUGCCUCGUCCCUCGUCGCUUCAGUUGGGAAUAGAGAUCAGUGGAAAAACAAUGGGAGCGUGGUGCUUAAUGGGAAUGCGAUAGAAUCUGAAAUCAGCGCUGCUCAAAUUACGCGACCGCGCGUACGAAUGAGGGACUGUGGAAGAGUCAGGUAUAAGGCCCUGUUCACACGAGACCGGAACGCCAAACCGGGACCCAGGGCAUUUUUUUAACUAUAUAACUACUGGGGCAUUUACCCCAGUGGGCCCUUCGCUUGCCACGGGAAAAAAAGUGAAAUCCAUACUACGAAAUUUGCAACUGCACCACUAAAUCCAUAGUAUUUCCAUACUAUAUCCAUAGCAUGGAAAUAUACAAUUAUUAUGGAUAACCAAAAUCCAUUCUAUUUUCAAUAAAGGUCCAUACAAUUUCCAUUCUAUGACCUUCUAUGGAUUUUCAAAAUUUUUUCCAGUGUGCCCCAAGUAGUGAAGCAUUAUUUUCAGAUGAGCGCGCCCUUUCGAUCAUUAGUAAGAAAUCAUCCUUGCUGAAAAAGCUGCAUCUGCCUGCUUUCUCAUAUCCCUCACAUUCUCGACGUUCCAUCUUAUGAAAGUCAGCACAGCAUGGUCUUUAUACGCGUAAUAUAUAUAACUGCGUGAGGAAAAGGCCCUCAUUGAGGCUUAAUCCCAGUAGUUGUAAUUUCUUAAAAAUGCCCUGCCGAGACCAUUUCUAACAAGUCUGAUGCAGUCAUGAUAUAGCAAUAUUGUUACAACCUUGCGUGACGUUGCGUCGUCAAUCUUGUGAUAUUCUUGUUAUAUCAUGACUGUAUCAAACUUGUUAGAACAAUCAUAUAACAAGUCUGAUAAUGCCAUCAAGCUCGUUACAAGUUGUUAACAACUUUGUUCCAAACUUGUUACAACAACUGGGAACAAGCAGUGCGAACACAACUUGUCGACACCUUGUGAACAGAUUUGUAACAACUUGUUUGCAGACCUGUGACAACUUGUGCGUUAAACAAACAUCGGUUUUUGGUAUCAUUUCUAGGUUGGAAAACUUUAGUGAAGAACCUGAUGUCAACUCUAUGGGAUGCAUGGCCUGUCUUGAUUACUGCGUUGUUGUUUUCUUGGAUUUCUGGCAUGAUUAUUUGGGUUAUAGUACGUAAUGCUUUAGUAGUCUUAACUUUAUAAACUGACUUAGGCAUACUGGAUAGCUCUAUAUUAGUUCUAUAAACUGUUCUCCCUAGAGGUCCAGUAAGGAUCAUCUCUUAUUGAUCCAGUGUUACUGCGGGAGGAAACCUAAACUAAACUAACUUUAUUUAUACUGGAUAGCUCUAUCAGUUCUAAACUGUUCUUCCUAGAGGUCCAGUAAAAGCAUUCUGUAUUACUUUUGAGUUAGGUUGAAAUUCGCAACAUUGAAACUUUACGUUACAGGAAAUGUGGUGGGAUGAUGAACAGUUUCCAAGAAAGUUUCUCAGAGGAUCAUGGGAAGGAUUUUGGUGGGCUUUCGUUUCUAUGACAACGGUUGGGUAAGUAAAUCCUAGCUGAGUUUCAGUAAGAUGUAUACGCGUAAACAUCAGGAUUUUGGGCGGCUCACUCGAUAAAGUGAAAUGCGUCCUCAAAAUAUCCAAUCCAAAACCGUUGAUUCUCCAUCCAGCAUCGUCUCAAAGCAUUAAUCCUAUUAAAUCUAACCAAUCUUACACAAGUAAAAGAAAAGAACCCCAAACUUUGCUUCAAAUUGAGCAGCCUCCUUCUUCCAAAGGCAAGGAAACUAGCCCCACUUCACCUACAAGCUCUGUUAUGUCCCCAAGAAGCGCAAGAAAGCGUAAUUAAUUGCAGAAAGGUUUUUGUAGUUGGAAAUUUUCAGUGUAAAAUUUAUACAUUUAUUACAAGAUUUACAACGCAAUGUCAGACAUAAGUUUAACAGAAAAUCAGUGAGCAUGGAUAGCAUUCACACUUUUGUGGUAAUUUUCAUCAUUCAUUUAUUUGGUAUGCCGGUCAGGUGAGGAGAAGGUCGACAAGUGAAAUGCGGAACAAUUAAGUUAUCGACUGUGAAUACGUGUUACAUAACCAUGGCUUUGCGCCAGAGGGUUUUACCACUUGAUGGCAGCAAAAGUUGUUUUGAAGGAUUUGUAAGAGAUGUUUGAGGGAGUGUUAAACACUGAGUCAGUUCACUCAAACAUUUCUUAAAAAUCCUUCAAAACUUAGGUUAGCAAUGCAAUACCUAUGCAAAAUUCCUAACCCACGAAUAAAGCCUCGCAGUUUCUAUAUGUAGUUACUGUUAAACAUAUCCGUUUUUUUCUGUAGUUAUGGUGACCGCACACCACGUACCUUUCCAGGAAGAGUGUUCGCUAUAUGCUGGAUCAUGAUUGGUAUUUGUAUCUGCUCAAUAUUUACCGCCACCUUAACAUCGGCUUUGACCAUGGAUAGCUUUGACGUCCGCAAAACCAUCACCCGAACAAAGGUAUUUGGGGAGUCUUGUGCUAAUAUUUAUUAUUAAGAUAUGAUAUUUGUUGUUUUUAACCAGGAAGAAUUGGGUCGAAGCACUUUGAGCCCCGUAAAUUACACUAUUAUACAUUCAGGGUUACACUACACGUUUGUUUGCGUAUAAAAUGAUUCGCUCAAUGAUUCCUUUUGUCUCAUUAAAUACUGACACGUGUGAGUGCAUUUUUUUUUAUUACUGUUAUCGUGGAAAGUUAGCCAAGCGUAAGAAUGCCAAGCGUAAGAAUGCCAAGCGAUUGGCAAAUAUGAAAGUGAAACCAUGCAAUGUAUUAAAAUUAUUUAACGUUAAAUAAACACAUAUUGGCAGCUUAAGGAGACGAAUUGUUCACACUUCAACUACAUCGUAAAAUUACAUUUAUUCAGUAUACAAAGUGUAAACGAUAGUGAUAAAUAUACGUUGCGUCUAGGCUGUAGGAAGAAAACUAUAUCGUAAAUUACGAAGUCUUUACACUCCGUUCCAAGUAACUUAGUAUUUAAUGUCAUGGCUGUUCGAAAACUAUUUACGUUUAUGUUUUGCUUUACGUUUAUGUCUUGCAUUAUGUUGAAGGACUGCUGUUUUAACGGCGGUUUUAAUUUCCUUCUGUGAGUCUUUCUGUGAGCGUCUCGAUGAAUCCUUAUGCCAAUCCGUUGCUCCCCCUCGCGACUUAUCCUUUACUAGUCCUUUUUUUCGAGCUGCUUUUUGGGCUGCUGUUUCAGCAUCACGCAUCUUGUUUUCUGCUUUAACAGAACCAACUAACUUGAUUUUAUCGUUUUCUUCGUCUCUUUGUAUCUCUUUCAAUCGUUCUUUUGGAUCUUCAGAGCUACCAAUUUUGUAGUAGUUGUCUCCUUCUAUCUUCUGAUGCAUAAUAUACACGUAACCUGGGUCAUUCCAACGUCCAGCAGCGCCACCUGUCUGACUGUUCGCCAUAUCUGAGCGAAUUACUGGUGUUUGUCCUUUGCUACGAACUACGAAGGAGGACUAAAAGACUGUGGACUGUCUGAAUGUUACAACAAAUUUGAACAAAAGUGUAAAGCAUGGCAUAUAUUAACCGCCUCUAUCAGCUUGUUGCCGCUCAAUCUGCGGGAACCAGCUUGUUCCCGCCCACUCGCAAUCUCGAACACUGAGCCUGCAAUAUCCUCUGGAGGCUUGCUGAGGCUCUGGGAAACAUAAGCGAAUUUUGAACGAAAAUCAGUACAUAUGGACUGCAGUACCCAGUCGAUAUUUAUAAUUAGUUCAUAUUUGUGCGGAUAUCUAUUGUUCUCAAUAGGGUUUUAUUUGGGUAAGAAUCUAAAAGCAAGGGGAGGGAUUUGAUAUCUCCACAGGGAAAAGCGGGGUUGAUGAAUAGAAUUGAAUGCCUAAUUAAAAAUGCAAGGUAUCUAACUCCAUAGUGACCCCUUUUGGAGGUCACUAUGGACUUGCUCAGCCUAGACCUAGGCCUUCUAGUCUUGUUUAUAUGUUUUUAAUAUUCAGCGCUUUUUCACAUGAAAAGACUGGGCUAGGUGAUUUGGGGGCGGGGCGAAGGAACCAAGCCUAGAAGGCCUAGUUGAUUUCCCAACAACAAGGCCAAAACUGCCCUGAAACUGCCCUGGUUGGGAAAUGCCCAAUUAUUGCGUUCUCAAACAGAAGUAUUUGCAACUUAACGGCGAAUUUAAACGGAUACAGGUAAAAUAAACUCAUUUAUAGUAUAAACUUACUACUUUUAUUUGUAUACACGUCUAGAAAAUCGGGUUUUUUAUCAUAAGUUUGAAGCAACACUAUUAUUUAAUAUGUUGACAAGGUGUAGCGAAAGCACAAAAUGAGUCAAAAUAUAUACCAAAAGUAGAAUCUUUCAUGAAAUUUUGUCUUAUACACAACUACAUUAAUAUAUAUUUUAUAAAUUUUGGCAAGAAGCAGUCUUGUGUUUGUAAAAUAUACAAACACAUAUACAAUUAUAAUUUAUUAAAUAAAACGGAUACAUAUAUUAUUAGCCCGUACAGUACUGUAUAUGAAAACGUACAUUGUUUAUAAAUGGUAUAUCCAGUGGCGUAGCUAGUGAAGUUCGACAGGUCCUGCUCUAAAAGUUCCACAUUCUAGGGGGGUUCGGGGGCAUGCUCCCCCGGAAAAUUUUUAAUUUUAGAAGUCUGGAAUGGCCAUUUCCUGCGAUUUCACGGCAAAAUACUCCAAAGGCAGCAUAAAAAAAUUAGAUACUUUUCUAGAAAAAAAUUUGUCACUUUUUAAAAUCGUAUUUCCAUAUUUAUCAUAUUUCACUAUCAGAUAUUUUUCAACUUAAAAAUUUAGCUAAAUAUAGUCAAGUCGGUGUAAGAGGAAAAUAUCAUGUUUUCAAUUAACUAUGUUUCAAUACACGUCUGUAAUAUGAUCUUUCACUUUGUCAACGUGCAAUUGCGUAACUGAACAAUUGUUGCAGCGCCUGUUGAAUAUACAACACUACAAUGACUACAUAUACGGCUAGCAUUCGUUAAAAAAUUACUACGUUUGUUAGUAAUGUUUAAUAAGCUUUAAACGGAGUGGUAUCAACUACGGACCACUACGCUUGGUACUCUGAUUGUAUAAUUCAGUACGCUAUGCCUAUGGCUAAUGCUAUGGUAUUUAAAUAUAAUAAAAUUGCCGUAGCGUUUAAAGUAAAUAUAGUGUAUUAAAAUGCGGCCAAAUAUCUACAUAAAUAACAUAAACUUUGUAAAUCUAAAUGGUAGCUAUAUCAUUUUUAAACUCCAUAUAAGCGCUCGUGUUUCAUGCCUCGUUUCAUGCAAUAGCAGCAAUGCAUAAAGCAGAUGAACUGGGAAAUAUAAAUACGUUCAUACUUUAUAUCAAAAUACGACACAAAAUACACGAUCGAGUCUGUUGACAUGCAUUUCGUGAGCUAAAAUAUCUUAGCAGAAGCCAGAAAUUAUAUCCAAAUCACAAUGGGCUUUCACGCUGGUUGAUUUCCAUAUUCAUCACUUGAGUAAUCUUGACAUAGUAAAAAGUGGGUUUAAUCACGCGGAAAGCUCGCAAGUAAAGACCCUGGUAAAGACAAUACAAGGCCAAGUCCUGCCAUUUCGAGAGAGCAGGACUUCGCAUUUGUAAACAGCCGGUUUGAGCAUGCGCAGAUCUAAUUAUCCAAUCAGAAAGCAAGAUUUCUUGUAUGAAUUUACUAUGAAAUAUACUAGCAAGUCCUGCCAUUUGAAAAUGGCAGGACUGAAACACGAGCGCGUGUAAAUCAAUAUAUUGCCCGGAAAUGAGCUUUUAUAGAGUUGCAGUUGCUAGGUAACAGACACGGCAAGCUGUAAAAUUGCGUAAAUGUAAUAGAAUACGGGAAACUUUUAAAAAAUAAUAACGAAAAAGACGAGAAAAUUAUACAAAAUAACAGUAUGAUAAUAAUAUAUUUUUAAAGCUUCAAGCUAAAUAAAGUAAUGUUUUACUAAGGAAAUUUGGGGAAAUUUUUAGUCCUGCUGGGCAGGACAAGCAGGACCGCUAGCUACGCCACUGGGUAUAUCCGUAAUAUUUGAACAAUAAUUUCAAAAUCCUCAUUCCCAAUUCGCAAAUAUAGUUAUUCAAAGCAAAACAGAAGAUUGUCUUGCGAAUAAAAGUUAUUAUUUUGUACUUUCGCUUCACCUUGUCAACAUAAUAAUAGUGUUGCUUCAAACUUUAUGAUAAAAAACCCGAUUUUCUAGACGUGUAUGCAAAUAAAAAUAGUAAGUUUAUACUAUAAAUGAGUUUAUUUUACCUGUAUCGGUUUAAAUUCGCUGUUAAGUUGCAAAUAAUUCUGUUUGAGAACGCAACAAUUGGGCACUUCGCAAUCAGGGCAGUUUCAGGGCAGUUUUGGCCUUGUUGUUGGGAAAUCCACUAGGCCUUCUAUUUUUCCGCUUGCGUCAGGCUUGUGUCAUUCCUCCGCCCCGCCCCCAAAUCACCUGGUCCCAGUCUUUUCAUGUGAAAAAGCGCUGAAUCUUAAAAAAAUAUAAAUAAAAAUAGAAGGCCUAGGUCUAGGCUGGGACUUGCUAUGGAGUUAGAUACCUUGAAUUUUUAACCAAACUCAAACCCCACAUCUCCUUUUCGACUAGAAAACGCUGCACGUCUCUGAGUCGAGAAAGAGACAACAGCCGUGUACGUCAAAGCCCGUCAAACUCUACCUUUGGGUAGAAUAUUUAUCAUUCGGUGCACGAGGACUAGCUGAACCAUAUGGCUGAACCGACCAUCAAACUUGCUUGUGCAAGGAAUUUAUACAGUAAUAUCUGCUCUUUCGCUUGUGGGACGCGAAAUGAUAUACUACGCAUGCUCAACCACAUUAAAGCGUGUUUAAUGCGCAUGUUCAACCUUAUUUCGUCUCACAACCUCCCAAGGACAAUAGAAAAUGGUCGGUCUUUCAUUGAAAUUCAAGCCUCGGUGCUGCACGCCUCGGUCUUGAAUUUCAAUGAAAGACCUCCCAUUUGGUUUUUAUCCUGCAAAUAAAACCCUGUUGAGAACAACUUGAGAAUCUCUGCUUCGACAAACCCGUACAAAUCUUCGUUAGCUCUUCUCGGUUGUAUGAGCUAUUUCAAACAUAUUUCAUCGUAAUUGUGGUUGGCGAACGAAUAUUUAAUCACUUCUCAUUGAUAGUAUACAGUAGUGUGACACGAGAAUUGAUGCAUAUCAAAAUAGCCCUGUUUGUUUUUAUUACAACCAUGGUAAUUCAAACUCAUUUAAAGAACAAUACAUAUCAUAAAGUAAAUUUCAUUGUGGGUCAAUCCUUACAAAUAUGAACUAAGUUAGUUAGAUACCUCAAACGUCGGCUCUUAGUCAGAUAAAUCCCUCGGGGCCUACGGCCCCUCGGGUUUGUAUCUGACUAAGAGCCUCCGUUUUCGGUAUCUAACUCUUACAUAAACAUUGCUGCGGCCAAACGUGAAUUAUGCCGUUGUUCAAGCUUAUUACGACUCGCCAUCGCUUUGAAAUGUUGUAAGAUACUGGUAGUGAUUUAUUUAACUUUUCAAUUACGGUAAAUCAUAGAUUGGUGUGUUGCUAGCCUUGAGAGUAAUGCCUAUUUCGAUAUUAGUAAAUAACUCUGGCUAACAACACAGGGAGCCCAUCCCGGGUCAUAUUGAAGUUGUGUAUUAGAAUUACGUAUGAAAUAUAUAGCUCAGUGUUGAAGCCUGCGAUUUGCGGGCUGUGUGCGGGCUAACGCGCGCGUUGUAUACACAAUUUCUGUGCUAACAACUCCAAAAAUCCUUGGCUACCUAAAAUCCUUGGCUACCAACGCAUAAAUAAAAUUUACAGCCAUGACUUCGCGUCGGCCUAUAACAUGGAGCUCGUCUGAAUAAUUCUUUUGCCACAGUCGAAAAUUAACUAUUACCGAUUUUAUAAUGACGUCAUAAUGUAGGGAACCGAGUAAAGGUGACGUCAUUCAUUUCGUUUUUUAUGGUAAAACCGUUCAUAACGCUUCAGGUUUCGCGGAUUAAUUUCCUCAUAGCAACAUAUUGCGUUAAAAAUUUCUUCGCGUAUAACCAUAUUGUCUUGUAGGACUUGAUCUGUUUUUAUUCUUCGGCAAACACUAUAGGCCAAUUUGAUUUGAACUGUUAUCCUACCACAGGCGGCCCAGGCGUGUAUCGGUAUAUAGUAAAUAUAUAUAAUUAUAGUAUAUACUACACAGUAUAAAAAUUUGUAAUGAAUUUUAUAUUUUAAAAUCAUAUUUAUACUUGCGUACUUUGAUUGUAUGUGAUCGUCUUUUAUUUCUGGGCGACUUUACACUCUGCGACUGUCAUCAUAGGUGUAGGAAUGUUACCUGUGAUGACAGGCACAGAGUGUAAAGUCGCCCAGAAAUAAAAGACGAUCACAUACAAUCAAAGUAAGCAAGUAAAUAUUAUUUUAAAAUAUAUAAUUCAUUACAAAUUUUACUGUGUAGGGGGCCCGUGUAGUAUAUUCUAUAAUUAUAUAUUUACUAUAUACUGAUACAUGUCUGGGCCGCCUGUGAUCCUACUGACACCAUUUAAAUCAACGGAUUUUUUCAACGAUCGGUUUUACACAAUUGGAAAUACAGAUAAUUUUACCGGUUCCGAUUGUCUACCGAUAAGGCAAAAAUCGGCCCGACGCCGAUACCGAUUAUCGGUCAAUCACUAAUAAUAUCGUUCAUGGCUGGUCAGCCUAUACUCUGUCUUGCAGUCAGAUCUGUAAAGCUUGUCAUAUAUGUGGGGAUUGUCUAUUUCGCGAUUAUAAUCAGAGGCGCCGGAAUAUCGAUAAUUGGGGGGGGGGGGCAGAUAUUCAUAUAUUCGUGUUCUGCCCAAUUAAUUUCUUUUGAAAUCGAUUGUUUUUACAGUCUGCGAACACGAAUAUAUGAAUGUCUGCCCCCGCAAUUAUCGAUAUUCCGGCGCCUCUGGUCAUAAUAUUUCUGAAUGACAUUUAUAUAGGUUGGUGUUUUGGCGAAUUCGGUGGAAGCUAUUACUGCAAUUCAAAACCAAGCUGACAUAUUUUGUAAGUGUAACUCUCAGUGAUGAAAAUGGUUAUCUUGAAGUAAUAGAACAAGAUCCAGAAUAGCUCAGAAUAAGCUCGACUAUCUGAACUACCUGAAAAAUAUCUCAAACGUGGUGGUCCAGUGUAGGUAGAAUUCUUCAGUAAGCUUACUAAGCUGCCGUGGUUUGUGUCUGAACUACCUGAAAAAGAUCUCUCAAACGUAGUGGUCCAGUGUAGGUAUAGUAUUCUACAAUAAACUGCCGUGGUUUGUGUCUGAACUACCUAAAAAAGAUAUCUCAAACGUGGUGGUCCAGUGUAGGUAGUAUUCUACAAUAAGCUGCCGUGGUUUGUGUCUGAACUACCUAAAAAAGAUAUCUCAAACGAGGUGGUCCAGUGUAGGUAGUAUUCUACAAUAAGCUGCCGUGGUUUGUGUCUGAACUACCUGAAAAAGAUAUCUCAAACGUGGUGGUCCAGUGUAGGUAGUACUCUACAAUAAGCUGUCAUGGCUUGUGUCUGAACUACCUGAAAAAGAUAUCUCAAACGUGAUGGUUCAGUGUAGGUAGUAUUCUACAAUAAGCUGCCGUGGUUUGUGUCUGAACUACCUGAAAAAGAUAUCUCAAACGUGGUGGUCCAGUGUAGGUAGUACUCUACAAUAAGCUGUCGUGGCUUGUGUCUGAACUACCUGAAAAAGAUAUCUCAAACGUGAUGGUUCAGUGUAGGUAGUAUUCUACAAUAAGCUGCCGUGGUUUGUGUCUGAACUACUUGAAAAAGAUAUCUCAAACGUGAUGGUUCAGUGCAGGUAGUAUAUUCUACAAUAAGCUGCCUUGGUUUGUGUCUGAACUACCUGAAAAAGAUAUCUCAAACGUGGUGGUCCAGUGUAGGUAGUAUUCUACAAUAAGCUGCCGUGGUUUGUGUCUGAACUACCUGAAAAAGAUAUCUCAAACGUGGUGGUCCAGUGUAGGUAGUAUAUUCUACAAUAAGCUGCUGUGGUUUGUGUCUGAACUACCUGAAAAAGAUAUCUCAAACGUGGUGGUCCAGUGUAGGUAGUAUUCUACAAUAAGCUGUCGUGGUUUGUGUCUGAACUACCUGCAUGAAAAAGAUAUCUCAAACGUGGUGGUCCAGUGUAGGUAGUAUUCUACAAUACGCAGCUUCUUAUUGUAUUCUGACAUCCCGCAAGGCUACUUGCUGACAAGGAAACGAUUAUACCAAAGACUUUGCGAUGAUUGUAGUUAGAAUUUCUUGCUUUUUAUAGACUACAAUAAACCAGGGGAAGUAUGGGAUGCUGUACUUUAA